GAAACAAAUGAAGCAGAAUUCUAAUGAACAAUGUUUAUAUUAUAUUAUGUGCAUACAAAAUAACUAAUAAAUAAAGCAAAUUUGUUGUAAAACCGGUUACACGUUGGUAUUAAUAGUGAAGUUAUUCCGAUGAGCUAGAAGCAUAUGAAAAACGGAAUGAAUAAAAUGUACGCGUAUGUUUAAAGCUAAAUUAAAAUAAGAAAUUAGUGAAUAAAAAUGAAAAUGAUUAAUAUUUAGAUAGACCGCUUAUCUUUUCUUGAGUUCAAACUUAAUGUGAAUUUUUCGGAAAAAUAUCUUUAUAUUAAAAUGUUAUUAUAAAUAGCGAAAUACUCCACAGAUGAGACGCGGUUGACUAAAAUAAUUAGGUCACAGCGCUACGCAUACAAACAAACCGGCAAUGCAUUAAUACGAAUACAGGUAAUCAACGGCACAUUCCUUAUCAAUUUCGAGUAUUAUCACCAAACCAAAGUGAAAACUAUGCGAUUUCGACCAUUCAGUUGAGUAAGCCGUUUACCACUUGACGGUAAAAUUUAGGCGCAGCGCAUUCGUAUUGCCGCUGGCGUUAUUUAUAUUUUAGUAAAAAUCAGACAAACGGAUUAUGGAUCACAUCAACACAGAGUACGAUAAGUAUAUGAAAGUUUGGAGCGGUCCAAAGUCGACGAAAUUCUUCGAUCCGGAUUGUUCAAUUGGCAAGGUGCUCUUAGCAUUUAUGCGCAACAAUGCCGGAAAUAUAUGUCAGCUAUCCGAUACCGAGGGCACCGCACUCACCAAUGGCGAGGCGAUUAGUUUUGGUAUACGUCUGGCGCAACACUUCAAGGCAAUGGGUCUGAAGCAAGACGAUGUUAUCGGCAUUGCCGGCGGCAAUACCACAUAUCUGCUGCCCUUGGUUUUGGGUUGUUUGCUGAAUUGCACACCCUUCCAUGCAUUAAGUUCGCACCAAGACGAGUCUACUAUAAAACAUCUAUUCUACACUACUCGUCCGCGUUUGAUCUUUUGUGAUGGCAGCAUAUACGAUCGCGUGAGCGCGGUCAGCAAAAUAUUGAAGGCGAAGGUUUAUACAUUGAAGGAGCAUCGUAGCGAUUUACCGAGAAUCGAGGAUCUGCUGGAUCCCACUAAGGGGGAAAUGUUUUAUGUGCCGGAAAAUCUUACCAUUGGUGGCGAUCAAACGGUAGCCAUACUCUGCUCCUCGGGUACCACUGGACUACCUAAGAAUGUGUGCAUUUCUAACUCUUGCUGUCUCUUCGAUUACGGUUUUGUCUCCAGCAAGGACGUGUUGCUGUCGUUCAGCACCAUCGACUGGUCUACGGGUUUAUUCAAUAUGCUCUUCAGUUGUGGUCAUGGCGCCACACGCAUUAUUGUCGAUAAACCUUAUACACCAGAAUAUCUGUUGGAACUCAUCGAUAAAUACAAGGUUACUAUUCUCACUUUGGCACCACGACACAUUGCCACACUCGUUAAGUCACCGUUGCUAUCCAAAGAGCGAUUAGUCAGCGUGCGCUUCCUCAGCAUUGGUGGUGGUAAUUGUUAUGUGCCGACCUUGUUAAAGAUGCAGGAAUACCUAACCAACGGUUACAUAUCUUAUGGUUAUGCGCUCACCGAAUGCGGUGGUGUUUCAGCCAAUUUGGGCAUCACCAAACCCAGUUCCGUGGGCAAACUCGUACCCGGUGUGAGAGUGAAAAUACUUGACGACGCUGGACGUAGCUUAGGUCAUAAUGAAACCGGCGAAAUAUUGGUGCAUAACAAUAAGGUCUGGAACGGUUAUUAUGGCAAUCCGAAUGAGACGAAACGCAUGCAAGACUAUCAGGGUUGGUUUCACACCGGCGAUCUGGGUUACUUCGACAAUGAUAACUACUUGUAUGUGUUGGAUAGAAAGAUGGAUAUGCUCAAGUUUCACGGCAUGCAGUAUUGCCCACACGAGAUUGAACAAGUGGUGGCAGAGUUACCAGAUGUGAUAGAAGCAUGUGUUUUCGGGUUGUGGAAUGAGGUGGAUGGCGAUGCCGCAGCAGCAGCAGUAGUCAAAGUACCGGGUAGUAAAUUGCUGGAACAAGAUAUUGUCGAGUAUGUGGCCAAGCGCCUGCAGGUGAUGCACAAGCAACUGCAUUGUGGCGUCUUCUUUCUUGACGAACUGCCCAAAACGGGUAGUGGCAAAAUUUUGCGAAGUCAAGCGCGCGAUUUGGCGUUGGGUAAAAAAUGGGAAGUACACAAGAAUGGCGGCGGCGCAAAUAUUUAGUAUUAGUGUUAGGUUGUUUAUUGUUGUUGUUUAUUAGUAGAAUUGCCGCAUCUUAAUUACAAUUGUGUUAAAUUUAGUUAUUCUUAGCCAUAAUAUUAGCAUCGAACCAUAAACCUACAGUUCAAGUUGUAAAUUGAUAUCAAGGUAUUGAAGCUUAUCUCGUAUUUUGUUAUCGAACAAUUUAGUGUAUACACAUAAGUAGUUAAGCAAGUAUAUGGUACAUAUAAUAUAAUAUCAAUUGUAUAGGUACAUCUUUACAUAUGUAGCAACAUAUUUUUAUGACUUAUAGAUUUAGAUUUCUUAUUCUGUAUCAACGAACAAAAAACGUGUAAAAACGUUAAUUUUGACUGCCACAAAGUUGUAAUACUCUUCACAGGUGCAUUGUUAAUAGCAACUAUAUGUAUAUCGAUCUGAAUUUUCGAAGAUGUAUUUUGUUAGAUCUGCCGAUAUCGAACUGUGAAAUAUAUUAUAGCUACGAUGCAGCCGAAAUUAACGAUUUUUCCUGUUUCUUAGUCCGAAUUGAAGUAUCAUUUUUCUGCAGCUGUAAAAUUUUAUUAAACUUUCAAUAUUUUUAUGGUGUAAUAAGUCAAAUAUAUACUAUAAAAUAAAUUUAUAAAAAGAUACAUAAGAAACGGUCGAAGUUUUUCACUGAGCCAUGCUUUAAGAAAGAAUUAGAUCAAGUCGAUUUUUCGUAUCGCAACCACUUUCCUACAUACUAUUGAAGCAAAUAUACCG